AUGGCAGAUCCUACAUACAUGAUCCGUGCUAUUCCUAGCAUUGCGUCUGAUAAUGUGUACUGCACACUCCUAGCUCAAAGUGCAGUUCAUGGAGCAAUGGCAGGCUACACAGGCUUUACAGUUGGGCAAGUCAAUGGCAGACAUGCUUACAUACCCUUCAAUAGAAUUAUAGAGAUACAGAACAGGAUUGUGAUAACGGAUAGGAUGUGGGCAAGGCUAUUGUCUUCAACGAAUCAGCCCAGCUUUUUGAGUGCCAAAGAUGUCAUCGAAGCCAUCAAGGAGGAAGAACCACCAACUCAGCUGUUAGAUGAUACUUGCACCGAUAACAAGUUGAAUCACAAAGAGAUUAUGUGCUGAAAUUCACCCUAGUUUUAUGUUUCCUUGCCUAAUGUACAAGCAAUAUUAGGUGCUAAUUUGAUUCUUUUUUUUUUCUCGUGUACUUGCUUAGAUACUGUAUGUAAUGACAGUGAAUAUAGAAAGUAUGAAUUUGCCAGCAUCUAUU